AUGAUAAAAUUCAUCACAUCAAACAAAUCAAACUCUGCCUAUGGUCUAAAGAAGGGCAUUCAAAGUUUUAUACGCUACCUGGCCCGACUCUACCUGGCCCGACUCUACCUGGCCCGACUCUACCUGGCCCGACUCUACCUGGCCCGACUCUACCUGGCCCGACUCUACCUGGCCCGACUCUACCUGGCCCGACUCUACCUGGCCCGACUCUACCUGGCCCGACUCUACCUGGCCCGACUCUACCUGGUUGCAUUUCCAUUACGCUUUAGCGCAGGCAUGGGGGGGGGGGGGGGGGGGGGGGGGGGGGGGGGGGGGGGGGGGGGGGGGGGGGGGGGGGGGGGGGGGGGGGGGGGGUGGGGGGGGGGGGGGGGGGGGGGGGGGGGGGGGGGGGGGGGGGAAACGGAGUGUUUCUCCGAGAAGGCGGAGAUGGCGAGAAGGGGCGUGGCGUGA